UCAUACCCCUUUUUUUUUUUCACUAAUUCUUGAGGAAGAUUAGGUUCCUCUAGAUAUUUGCUCUUUGUUUUUUUUAGUUGCAAAAGAGGAUCAAAGGGAAGGUCAAAAUGACCACCUUGUUCUCCUCUGUUUUACAAAACAGAGCACCUAAGGUCUCUGUUUUCAUCUUCUUCUUGAUUUCUUUGCAUUGUUUGUCAUUGAUCUCGGUUCGGGUUUUGGCCCAAACAUCACCUGUUUUCGCCUGUGACGCUACUAAAGACCCACAAGUUGCGAGCUAUGGUUUUUGUGACACAAAGUUGGGAACCGAUGCUAGGGUGGCUGACUUGGUUCACAGGCUGACGUUACAGGAGAAAAUCCUCUUCAUUGUGAAUAGUGCUGGGAGUGUUAGCCGGCUCGGGAUACCAAAAUACGAAUGGUGGUCCGAGGCACUUCAUGGAGUCUCCAACGUCGGCCCAGGGACCAAGUUUACUAGCUUGGUUCCUGGAGCCACGAGCUUCCCUCAGGUCAUCUUGACGGCAGCUUCUUUCAACACUUCUCUCUAUGAAGCCAUUGGCAAGGUGGUUUCAACUGAAGCUAGGGCAAUGUACAAUGUUGGAUUGGCAGGGCUAACAUAUUGGUCACCAAACAUUAACAUAUUCCGAGACCCGAGAUGGGGAAGGGGACAAGAAACACCAGGAGAGGACCCAUUGCUGGCCAGCAAGUACGGAUCAAGUUACGUCAAAGGUUUGCAACAGACCGACGGAGGUGACCCUUCUCGGCUCAAGGUUGCCGCAUGUUGUAAACACUAUACGGCCUAUGAUGUGGAUAACUGGAAAGGGAUCGAACGCUACACUUUCGAUGCUGUGGUAACACAACAAGAUCUGGAUGAUACAUUUCAACCACCAUUCAAGAGUUGUGUAAUUGAUGGGAACGUGGCUAGUGUUAUGUGUUCUUACAACAAGGUUAAUGGUAAGCCAACUUGUGCAGACCCUGAUCUUCUUGCUGGGGUUAUUCGAGGCCAAUGGAAACUAAAUGGGUAUAUAGUUUCAGAUUGUGACUCGGUAGAUGUGUUGUUCAAGAACCAGCACUAUACCAAGACACCAGAGGAAGCAGCAGCCAAAGUUAUUUUGGCAGGGUUGGAUCUGAACUGUGGGUCAUUUCUUGGGCAACACACUGAGGCUGCAGUAAAAGCAGGGCUUUUGAAUGAAUCGGCCAUUGACAAGGCCGUGACGAACAACUUCGCCACUUUAAUGCGACUGGGAUUCUUCGAUGGUGAUCCCAGCAAGCAACCUUACGGUAAACUUGGUCCCAAAGAUGUAUGUACACCAGAGCACCAAGAAUUGGCCCGUGAAGCUGCAAGACAAGGGAUUGUUUUGCUCAAAAACAGCCCCGGAUCGUUGCCUCUAUCUCCGACUGCAAUCAAAACCUUGGCCGUAAUUGGACCCAACGCCAAUGUCACAAAAACCAUGAUCGGAAACUAUGAAGGCAUUCCAUGCAAAUAUACGACGCCAUUGCAGGGUUUAACGACCUCGGUGGCAACAAACUACGUGCCUGGCUGCACCAAUGUGGCUUGUGGCACUGCCCAAGUAGACGAUGCUAAAAAAGCAGCUGCCUCAGCUGAUGCAACUGUACUUGUUAUGGGCAUAGAUCAGAGUCAAGAAAGGGAAAGCUUUGACAGAGUUAGCCUUCUUUUACCAGGACAACAACCACUUUUAAUAACUGAAGUUGCAAAAGCUGCAAAGGGACCCGUGAUUCUCGUCAUAAUGUCCGGUGGAGGCUUUGACAUAUCGUUUGCGAAAAACGAUGAUAAAAUCACAAGCAUCCUUUGGGUUGGUUACCCCGGCGAAGCCGGUGGAGCCGCCAUUGCCGAUGUGAUAUUUGGGUAUUAUAAUCCAAGUGGAAGGCUACCAAUGACAUGGUACCCACAAUCGUAUGUCGAUAAGGUCCCGAUGACAAACAUGAACAUGAGACCCGAUCCUUCUAAUGGUUACCCAGGCAGAACCUACAGGUUCUACACAGGGGAAACCAUUUAUACAUUUGGAGAUGGGCUAAGCUACUCCAAAAUCACCCACGAAUUAGCCAAAGCACCUCGAUUAGUAUCAAUUCCAUUGGAGGAAGACCAUGUUUGCCGCUCAUCUGAAUGUAAAUCAGUUGAAGCCGUCGAACAAAGUUGUAAAAACCUAGCAUUCGACAUUCAUGUGAGAGUUCAAAACAGAGGGAAAUACGGCGGAAGCCACACGGUGUUCUUGUUUUCGAGUCCCCCAUCAGUGCACAACUCGCCCCAAAAGCAUUUGUUGGGAUUUGAGAAAGUUUCAUUAACAGGGAAAUCAGAGACAUUGGUGAGGUUUAAGGUGGAUGUUUGUAAGGAUUUGAGUGUGGUUGAUGAACUUGGAAGCCGAAAAGUAGCAUUGGGACAACAUUUGCUGCAUGUGGGGAGCUUGAAACACUCAUUAACUGUGGGGAUUUGAAAAGAAGGUUUUUCAAAAUCCUCUGUGAUUUUUAUUUAUUUUUAUCUUUUUAAUCAUCCUUUUGUGAUAUUUGCCCAAGGCAAGUAAGGGAAUGGCAAAUAGAGCCUGGAAUAAUUGUGAGAGAGUUAUAGUGAUUUUCUCUGGUUUUUAAUUUUUUAACCAAUUGUUGAAAUUUGAACAUUUCGAAAUUGCAAAAGGACAAAAAGAAAGCAUUCA